UCAAGAAGAGUUUUUUUUUUCCAUGCAAGUCUUCCCUUGCAUAAAUUAUGUUCAUGACGCUGUGCAAAAAAAAGACGGUUUUAUAUUAAAUUUGCAAGACUUUUAUCGCGGAAGCCGCUCUUUAUCGGGUUGUGGAAAGGUGUUUCGGAGUUAGGGAAAACCUGGAGGUGACGGAGAAGGUAUCAUUAAAUAUUAAACAGCAGAGGCCGUGCUCCGAUCCGAGCCGCUUUAUCAAUGCAAAUGUCCCUUUGUGUUUCCGAGCCGCGGCGCACACAGCCCGUGCGCGCUGUGAGAUGAAUUUGUAAUUAUCCGCUUCAACAAAACAGUGGCCAAGCGCUGAUAAUCCCACGCAAAAGAGGGGGGGGGGAACAAAUUGCACCCCAAAACUCUGGCGCUAACGGUAAGUUGCAUUAGCAUGCAGGAGCAGUGACUCCAGGGAGGGAUCAUGGAAGCAGAGGAGCUGGCUGCUAACAAUGCCCCACUCACCAUCAAUGAACAGGUGAUUGUGAUGUCAGGACAAGAGACCAUCAGGGUCCUGGAGCUGGAGGUGGCAGGCCCGCUGCCGGCCCUGGGGGCUGAUGGGAAGGGCGCGGACGCCAUGGCGAGCGAGGGAGGCGUGGCCAGUCCAGUUCUGGAGCCCAGUAGGGGAGGGGAGGGGACCCCAGGACCAGAGGGGACCCCGACACAGGAGGGGGCGGGCGCAGCGACGGCAGCUCCAGUGGAGUUGCCCUCCCCCGUGGUUCAGGCUGUGACCCCUAUGGCACUGACUAGUGGCCUCUUGCCCCCAGCCCAAGCCGCUCUCCCCAUCACUGUGCAGGCUGGCACACAGUGCUCUUUCCCUCUGCAGUUCCUGACCCCAGACAGCCUGGCCGCGGUGAUGACCGGGAUGAUGACCCCAGGCGCAGCGGCCGCUCAGCCCUUCCUCAUCCCCCUCAGCAUGGCCGGACAGAUGGCCGGUCAGCAGAGCCUGGCUGUCUUCACAUUCCCUACAGCCACCAUGGCCACUCUGCCCGGCCUGACUGCCGUCACUCCAGCAGGGGGCGUCCUGAAGCUGCCCUUCACCGGGCUGCAAGCUGCCACAGUGCUGAAUGCAGUCCCGCCCCAGCUCCACGCUGCCUCCCCACAGACAGUCCUGCAGAGCAGCAUCCCAGCAGCAUCGCCGCAGAAACCAGCCGAGACGCAGGUCUCCGUGGCAACCGUGCAGACCGCUGGCAUCUCUAUCAACCCCGCCGUAAUCAGCGCCGCCUCUCUGGGCGCCCAGCCGCAGUUCAUCAGCUCGCUCGCCACCACGCCCGUCUUCACCAGCGGCAUCGCGGGCAUUCCCGGCAUCACCAGCCAGAUCAUCACCAACGCACAGGGGCAGGUGAUCGGGACCCUGCCUUUCCUCUUGAACCCGGCUGCCUCUCUGGGGGCCGGGGGUGGCUCCCCAGCGACGCUCCCAGCUCAGAGCCUGCAGGUCCAGACCAUCUCCCCUCAGCUGCUCGUCAACGCGCAGGGGCAGAUCAUCGCGACCAUCGGGGGCACCACAGCACAGCCCACCCUGCUGCACAGCGUGGCUCAGACACAGCCCCCCGCCAAACCAACAGUGCAGGGCGCCGCUGCAGUGACGGCGGUGUCCGUCUCCCAGGCUCCUGUCAUCAUCGCCCCCCAGCCCCCAUCCCUGAAGACCAUGGCAGCCAUCUCCGCAGCGGAGACCCCCACAGUGGGCCAGCUCGUCAGCAGCAAGCCCCAGGGUCCGGCCCUGGACGAUGACGGGAUUAACCUGGAGGAGAUCCGCGAGUUUGCCAAGAACUUCAAGAUCCGCCGGCUGUCCCUGGGACUGACGCAGACUCAGGUGGGGCAGGCGCUGACCGCCACAGAGGGGCCCGCCUACAGCCAGUCUGCCAUCUGCAGGUUUGAGAAGCUGGACAUCACUCCGAAGAGCGCUCAGAAGCUGAAGCCGGUUCUGGAGCGGUGGCUGGCCGAGGCUGAGCUGUGGAACCAGAAGGGGCAGCAGAACCUGAUGGAGUUCGUGGGUGGGGAGCCCUCGAAGAAACGCAAGCGCAGGACGAGCUUCACCCCCCAGGCCAUCGAGUCGCUCAACACCUACUUCGAGAAGAACGCCCUCCCCACGGGACAGGAGAUCACCGACAUCGCCAAGCAGCUCAACUACGACAGAGAGGUGGUGCGGGUGUGGUUCUGCAAUCGCCGGCAGACCCUGAAGAACACGAGCAAGCUGAACGUGUUUCAGAUAUAGCAGGGAGAGGGACAGGGGAGAGGGGACGGAGAACAGGAGGGAGAGGGGAGAGGGCAGAGACAGGGAGCCAGGAGAGGAUGCAUCAAAAGCAACUGGAGCACACCUCCUUAUUUUCCUGGCCCAUCCCUUAUAAAACACACACACAUGGCAAACGCAUGUGUGUUGCUCUAAGCUGGCCUUGUUGAUACUGGACUAGAACAGGCUGGACUUUAUAUACAGCAUACCGAUCAAGUUCCUACUCUCAUCACAACAUCAAAAGUUACACUGAAGUCCCCUGGACCCCGGGACUCGCUGCCCCUUCUAUUGAGCUCGUGGGUUGCUUGGUGCUCUCACGGGUCCUUCAAAGACUGGACUAGAAACAGGACCCAUAUCCUAAAAGGAUCCGAAAACUAAUCAUUUUAUCGAGGACGGUUUGCAACUCAUGGUCAAGGGUGCCCUUGUAAAAGUUUCCUGAAGUAAAGGCACAGCGAAGUGUGUUAAAACGCAAUGCAAGCAUGGGUAAAGCCCUCUGGGUUGUAUGCUGUCCAGUUGAUUUGUAAGCAGUUCCCUGGCAGUCAGACACCCAGCAGUAAAUUGGUCAGGUGUUUAAUAAUAUCUCGUGAACUCAGAGCAACACCUGACAUUUAUAAUUCCAGUUUCCCUUUUAAUCGAUUUCAACACAUGAUUGAUAUCGAAGGAACUGGAGUUGAUAUUUUAAAGACGUCGUAUUUGUUGCGAUUGUUCGUCUGCUUUCAUUUGAAGGCAGUUGAAUUGACUGACACGCAGUGACUGUCACUGGAGGAAUUCGUCGACACUCUGAGAAGCUCGUUCUGACAGAGCUGAUUUAGCCAUUUUGAUCAGUGAUGUGUUUGAAUUGAUUAAAAGGGAUUGGAACCGGGAAUUGAUGUUGAAAUGGAAUUGAAAAACUAUUUAAAACGACGGUCACCUGAUCACAUUCCACACUCGACUGCAGAUCUCCAGAACGGGGGAUGAAACCGUUAUGAAAGAAAGCAAGUCAGUCACUGAAACUAUAUUAAUAUAUAUAUAGUCGUACUGUAAUAAUGUCUAUUAGUUGUCUUGUACAAACUUGACUUGUUAAAGUUUCACAGGCUACAGUAAUUAGUUUGAAGUGUGGGGUGAACAGAAAGAGACGUGACAUUGUGUGCUGUGUUUAAAACAGAAACCAGCUGGCUUCGCUGAGCCAGGCCCCCUGUGUUUACAAUAAGUUCCCACGGGUGUGUUUUUAACAUGGCCUGUGCAGUGUGGCUCCUGUGCACUGUGGCCCCUGUGCACUGUGGCUCCUGUGCUUCCUCUAGUUUGAACCAGAGAAGGACUCAAAAGUUAACCACCAACUACCAGAAUCUCCAGCAAAGUGGGUAUCUGUACGAUACAGACCUUAUCUUUAGAGAACCUCGCUGGGUUACGCAUCGGUCAGUGCGAUACAGCGAGAUGCAAACUGUGCUUGGCUGCAGAGAGAUUAUUAUUAUUAUUAUUAUUAUUAUUAUUAUUAUUAUUAUUAUUAUUCUAUAUAAAGCUUACAGUGUGUACUGUAUAUAUUUUAGGAAACAUUUAUUGCAGGGUUUUGAAUCAAUCCUUCAGAAUUGAUCAUUGAUCAUUGAUCAGGCUUUAACUGCAGUUAACAUGGUCGAGUCCUGUCUGUAAAACACUGCGGGUGAGACUGAUUGAAUAUCACCAUAAGAGACAGGCUAGAAUAUCAAGCGCUGCAUUUGCAAUUGAAUCCGUCUCCUAACUCAUGAAAAGAAUAAAGUGCUCAAACCACAGCCCUCUGAAUCCCUUCUAAAAGUUUCCCCCACAGUAAAAGCACAGCAAAGUGUAAUAAAGCAGAGGUACAAUAUUAUCAGAACACCUGCAGAUUUGUCAUUUAUAUCCUUUAUAUACCUGCCUGCAUGAAAUCCUCAGGGUGGGAGAAUUUAAAUUUCCAUCUCAGUAAUCAUUAAAAAAAAACAGCUAACAUGUUAGCCCACUUUGUGAUUUAAUCAGGCAUCUUAAACAACUUCUAAAAAGUCUCCUGCGUUUAACCACGUGUGGCUCUGUGUUCCUUUUCUCUUUCUGAAUUAAUUGCAUGAGUGCUUCAGUUAAAUUAGACAAUGACUAAGAUUUUGCACCAGUUUAAUUUCAUAUGCACAACAAACCCAAACAGAAGCAGUGGGUGACGCAAUGCACAGGACUGUAAGUACAGCAAAGAACAGCGAGGUGUGGUAAACGUGUAAUGCAUAUUAAUAAUCUUGGCAAACCAGGGUAAACUGUGGUAAAUGCAUAGCAUAGCCAUGGGGAUAAAAGCAUGAGGACAGUGCAGAGAUACCGUGGUAAAGUUUUAGAAGCGAUCUCUCACACACACGGAGAUCUGCAAUCGUGUUUGUAUUUUGUAACCUUGCAACAUCCAGGCACUUUUUUGGGACAUAGUUGUCUACUGAACCGAGAAACAGCAAUAAACAUGAAAUCAAAACA